GCUUCACACAAAAAAAAACACAAGAAAAAAACCAACAUUUCUAAACUCAUGUAAAAUCUUUCUUUUCGAAGACGAAAGAUUUUAUUUUAAGCGUUAACAAAACUUUCUGUGAAUUGAACACAAAAAUUAAAGAAAUAUCAACAAGAAAAAACUCAUAAAUUAUGGGAGACUAUGAAGAAGAUUGGGACAAUGAUAAUGGAACAUCAUCGUCGAAUAACUAUUCUUCCAAAUCGUACAAUAGCGCUCCUCAGCGUUCAAGUCAACAAAACGGUAAUCGGCGUAUUGGAGGCUACAAUGACGACCAUCGUUCAUCCACAUCCAGAUCGAAUGAUUACCAACGUCGAGAACGUGACGACGACCGCGGAGGUUAUCGUGGUGGCGGUGGCAGUAAUGAUUACUCGGAUCGCAGAAGGGAUCGAAAUGAUAGAGGAGGAGGCGACAGAGAAAGAGAUUGGAAUGAUAGAGGAGGAGACCGCAAUGAUAGAGGUGGGGACCGCAAUGACAGAAGAGGAGACCGCAGUGACAGAGGUGGCGGCGGUGAAGGACGAUAUGAAAGAAGCGACAGAAAUGACCGGGACUACAACCAAAGCCGGUCCUCCGCUCAGUGUUCCGAGGAAAUUUCGAUUUCUUCGAACGAUAUCGGUGCGAUUAUUGGACGCGCUGGAGCCAACAUUAAGCGCAUUCAGUCGGACUUCUCUGUUCGUGUGAAUAUCGAUAGGAAUUCCAACACAGCAACUGUGUCCGGCGACAGUCAGACUUCCGUCGAUGAUGCUGUUAAGUUUAUUAACAAACAGAUCGAUAGUGCCCCUGAGAGCUCAGGAAGAGGCGGUGGUGGGGGUGGUAGUGGAGGAUACAAGCGCACCGAACGCUCCGAAGAAAUCAAAUUUGUUUGUGGAUAUGGUGUCGAAGAUCCAGUCGAUGACAGUCCUGUCACCAUUGAUUGGGAUAAACUCAAUAAAAACGCGGAAGAAGAACGUGCCAAACGUUGGGCUAAGUGUCCAAAACUUAUCAAAAAGUUCUACGAAGAAUCGCCAGAGGUGGCAAACUGCUCUGAAGAAGAAAUUGCCCGAAUCAGAUCGGAGAACAACAACACCACCGUCGACAGGUUGUUCAAGGAAAAUGCCGAUUCGUCUGAUCCUAUUCCAAAUCCAGUGUGGAAGUUCGAGCAGUGUUUUGGCAAAUAUCCUGACUUAAUGGAUGAAAUCCGCAAACAGGGUUUUGAAAAACCAUCGCCUAUUCAAUCGCAAGCUUGGCCGGUUUUACUUCGCGGUGAGGAUAUGAUUGGUAUUGCCCAAACCGGAACUGGCAAGACUUUGGCUUUCUUGCUACCGGCUAUGAUACACACAGAAUACCAACCGAUACCGAGAUCUGAACGAGGAGGACCAAAUGUCCUUGUGUUGGCACCAACUCGAGAGUUGGCCCUACAAAUUGAGAAGGAAGUCGGAAAGUACUCUUUCCGUGGCAUGAAAGCGGUAUGCGUUUAUGGUGGUGGUGAUCGCCGUGCUCAAAUCGGAAAUAUUGAAUCGGGUGUUGAAAUUAUUAUCGCAACACCUGGUCGUUUGAACGAUUUAGUUCAAGCCAAUGUUAUCAAUAUCAAUAGUAUAACAUUCCUAAUUCUGGACGAAGCCGAUCGCAUGCUGGACAUGGGCUUCGAACCCCAAAUUCGUAAGGUCUUACUGGACAUCCGUCCUGAUAGACAGACUGUGAUGACAAGUGCCACUUGGCCGCCAGGAGUUCGUCGUUUAGCACAAAGUUACAUGAAGAAUCCCAUUCAGGUUUGUGUUGGAACCUUAGAUCUGGCAGCUGUACAUUCAGUGUCACAAGUAAUUGAGAUCAUGGACGAAGAUGAUAAGAGUUAUAGGAUUCGAGAAUUCAUCAGAGCAAUGGAACCUCAUGACAAGGCAAUUAUAUUUUGUGGUAAGAAAGUACGAGCUGAUGAUUUGUCCAGUGAUCUAUCGUUAGAAGGUGUUAUGUGUCAAUGUAUUCAUGGAUCUCGAGAUCAAGCUGACAGAGAACAGGCUAUCGCUGAUAUAUCCUCUGGAGAGGUAAAGAUUCUAAUUGCAACAGAUGUGGCAUCGAGAGGAUUAGAUAUUGAAGAUAUAACCUAUGUUGUGAACUUUGAUUUUCCACGCAACAUUGAAGAAUACGUCCAUCGUGUGGGCCGUACAGGAAGAGCUGGCAGAAGGGGUACUUCACUAAGUUUUCUUACACGAUCCGAUUGGGGAUCAGCUAAGGAACUAAUUGACAUUCUCGAAGAAGCCGAACAAGAAGUGCCUGAUGAACUCCGGGAAAUGGCUCGACGAUUCCAGGUUAUGAAAGAGAAAAGAGCCAAUGAAAUGGAAUCGUUUGGUGGUCGAAGCGGUGGUAGAGGAGGCGGAGGUGGUGGCCGAUUUGGAGGUGGCGGCGGCGGUGGAGGAUAUGGUGGUGGUGGCGGUGGAUAUGGCGGUGGUGGCCGUAGUGGUGGAGGAAGAAAUAGGUAUUAAGUGCUGAAUGAAUCUGGAUUUGUUGUUUCUUUUUGUUUUGUUGAGAUGACACAAGUAUUGGAUUAAAUAUAUUUGCAUUUUCCUCUUAUUAUUUUUUUUCAAUGAUUCAACCAUAAAACAAAUCAAAUAAAGGUUUUAUAUUUUAAAGUUAUUAAAACCUAAAUAUAUGAAGUUUGCUAAAAACAUAA